AUGGAUGGCUCCGGCGCCCCGAAGGUGAAGACCGAGAAGGAGUUGGAGCGCGAGCGCAAGAAGGCUGAGAAGGCGAAGAAGUUUGCAGAGAAGCAGGCCAAGGCUGCUUCUAAGCCCGCCGCACCCAAGGCCGAGAAGAAGGAGAAGGUGCAGAAGGUCGAGAAGGAGAAGACUGCCGAUGCAUAUGAUCCCAAGAUCAUCGAGGCUGGCCGCCUGGAUUGGUGGGAGGAGCGCGAUCUUUUCAAGCCCGAAUGGGGUCCCGAUGGCAAGGUCAAGCCUGAGGGCUCCUUCGUUAUCCCCAUCCCUCCCCCCAAUGUUACCGGUUCCCUCCACAUGGGACACGCCCUGACCAACGCCCUGCAAGAUACCAUGAUACGUUGGCAGCGAAUGAAGGGCAAGACCACUCUGUGGCUUCCCGGUAUGGACCACGCCGGUAUCUCCACCCAGAGUGUUGUUGAGAAGAUGCUGUGGAAGAAGGAGAAGAAGACCCGUCACGAUCUGGGACGUCCGGCCAUGACCAAGCUUAUCUGGGAUUGGAAGGACGAGUACCACAAGAACAUCAAGAACGCUCUCCGGAGAGUUGGCGGUUCGUUCGACUGGUCUCGUGAGGCUUUCACCAUGGACCCCAACCUAUCCGCUGCCGUGACUGAGACCUUCGUCCGUCUCCAUGAGGAGGGCAUUAUCUACCGUGCCAACCGUCUGGUUAACUGGUGUGUGGCUUUGAACACUUCUCUCUCCAACCUUGAGGUCGAGAACAAGGAGAUUGAGGGCCGUACUCUCCUGGAUGUGCCCGGUUACGAUCGCAAGGUCGAGUUCGGCGUUCUGACUCACUUCUGCUAUGAGAUUGAUGGUACUACUGAGCGCAUUGAGAUUGCAACCACCCGUCCGGAAACCAUGGUUGGUGACACUGGUAUUGCCGUCCACCCCAACGACCCUCGCUACAAGCACCUGGUCGGCAAGAACGCUCGCCACCCCUUCAUUGACCGUCUGCUCCCCAUUGUCGCCGAUGAGGGUGUCGAGCCUGAGUUUGGUACUGGUGCCGUGAAGAUCACCCCGGCUCAUGACUUCAACGAUUUUAACCGCGGCAAGCAACACAACCUGGAGUUCAUUUCUGUCAUGAACGACGAUGGUACCUUCAACAAGAACGGUGGGCCUUUCGCUGGCAUGAAACGUUUCGAUGCCCGUUACAAGGUCAUUGAUGCCCUGAAGGAGAAGGGCCUGUACGUGAAGUGGGAACACAACCCCAUGAAGGUCCCUCGCUGCGCGAAGUCGAACGAUGUUAUCGAGCCUAUUCUCAAGCCCCAAUGGUGGAUGGCGAUGGAGUCUCUGGCUGGGCCCGCCAUCGAGGCUGUCGAGAAGGGUGAUAUCAUCAUCCGCCCGGAGUCCGCAGAGAAGAGCUACUUCCGCUGGAUGCGGAACCUCAACGACUGGUGUCUGUCUCGUCAGCUCUGGUGGGGUCACCAGGCCCCCGCCUACUUCGUUAAGGUUGAGGGCGAGCAAAACGAUGACGCUGAUGGCAACUACUGGGUCACCGGCCGCACUGAGGAGGAUGCUCGCAAGAAGGCCGAGGCCAAGUUCCCCGGCAAGAAGUUCUCCCUGGAGCGCGACCCCGAUGUCCUCGACACCUGGUUCUCUUCUGGCCUGUGGCCCUUCUCGACUCUGGGAUGGCCUCGUCAGACCCACGACUAUGAGAACCUCUAUCCCACUACCGUACUGGAGACUGGCUGGGAUAUUCUGUUCUUCUGGGUCGCCCGUAUGAUUAUGCUCGGUAUCAAGAUGACUGGCAAGAUUCCUUUCAAGGAGGUGUACUGCCACUCGCUGAUCCGUGACUCGGAGGGCCGCAAAAUGUCCAAGUCCCUGGGUAACGUCAUUGACCCUCUGGACGUUAUGGAGGGUAUUCAGCUGCAGACUCUUCACGACAAGCUGCUGCUCGGUAACAUGCCGGAUAAGGAGGUCGCUACUGCUACCAAGUACCAGAAGAAGGCCUUCCCUAAAGGCAUCCCCGAGUGCGGUGCUGAUGCUCUGCGCUUUGCCCUCGUCUCCUACACCACCGGUGGUGGUGAUAUCGCUUUCGAUGUCCAGGUCAUUCACGGAUACCGUCGUUUCUGUAACAAGAUCUACCAGGCCACCAAGUUCGUUCUUGGCAACCUCGGCGACGACUUCAAGCCCCAAGCCACCGUAGCCAAAACUGGCCACGAGUCCCUGUCGGAGCGCUGGAUUCUACACAAGUUCAACGCCGCUGCCAAGGAGAUCAACGAGGCUCUCGAGGCUCGUGAGUUCUCUGUCGCCGCCAACACCUCCUACCAGUACUGGUACGGCCAGCUGUGCGACGUGUUCAUCGAGAACUCGAAGUACCUUCUGGCCGCCGAUGCUUCGCCCGAGACCCAGGAGUCCGCCAAGCAGACUCUCUACACCGCGCUGGAGGGAGCUCUGUGCCUGAUCCACCCCAUCAUGCCCUUCGUCACCGAGCACCUAUGGCUGCGUCUGCCCCGCCGCCCAGAUGACAGCACCAUCUCAAUCAUGAAGGCCAAGUUCCCCGAGUACCGUGCUGAGUUCGACGACCCAGCCGCGGAGAAAGCUUACGAGCUCAUCUUGAAUUCCUCGAAGGCCAUCCGCUCCAUCUUAGCCCAGUACGAUGUCAAGACCAAGGGCGACAUCAUCAUCCAGACCUACGAUGCUACCAGCGAGAAGACCGUGUCGGAGCAACUGAACGCUAUCCACUCUCUGGGUGGCAAGACCCUGGGUGAGCUGUCUCAUCUGGGUCUGGACAACAAGGCCCCUCCCUCAGGCUGCGUUGUUGCCCCCGUUGGCGCCGAGGCUGCUGUUUACCUGCGUGUGUCUAAGGAGGUCGCCCUGGAGCAGGAGGAGAAGGCCAAGGCCAGCCUCGAGAGGGCCCGUGAGACCGUUCGCAGGUCUCAGACUGUCAUGAGUGCUCCCAACUGGAAGGAGAAGGUCAAGGUCGAGGUUCGUGAGGCUGAAGAGAAGCGUCUUCGUGAUGCUGAGAGCGAGGCUGCCCGCUUGGAGGAGCAGAUCAAGGAGUUUGAAAAGCUCCGCCUUGAGUAA